AUGAACACCCCUCAAUCAUCUCGUUCUCAUCGCUCAAAGACACAAGUCCCAGAGAUCUUAUCACCGAUAUCCGCCUCAAACCUAUUUUCUUCGGUAUCCAAGCAGAGAUUACCAAAGAAUGUUGUUAACGCUGUGGAAUUUGUUGGGGAUGUUAUUGAGGCCAGCUCCGAUGUAAACAGCCCUAUUAAGGAUAGAAGCGAAUCAAAGAAGAAAGAACGUGAGAGUAUAUUAAAAACGGCCAAUCUUGCUCCAGAAUUUGUCAAUCAUAACCAACAUAUUAAAAAGGUCCUUGAUGAUUCGGACUCAAGUGAUGAUGAAAUACAGGACGCUUCCUUGUCCUUAUCAAAACAGAUCUCCAUAUAUUCCAAACUUCCUCUGCCAAAUGUUCCAUCACUUCCGUUCAACUUUUUAUCGGGCUCAGACCAAGAUGGAAUGGGUGAGGUUAUUUCUAAUAUUCAAACUAAUGAAGAUUUUGAUGCUUUGAAAGGGAGAGUGAAUGACUACAUUGAUAAUUUGAUUAACCUUGUGGAUGAUUUAUUUGCAAAGAAUCCAAACGAAUUUGUAUCAUAUUCAUUAUCUAAGAAAAAAGAUCAUGUUAAAGGGCAACCAACAACCAUUCAGUAUCUCAAAGCAAUAGAGAAAGCAAACGACAUUAUUGAAGAAGUGGACAGGAGCAGAAGAGAAACGUUGAUGAGAACAAAGUUGACAAAAACACAUUAUGGACAAUAG